AACAGUGUCACAUCUCGUAAAGUAUUUCAAGUAUUUCAUAUAGAAUUUCAAAGCAUUUGGCAAACAAACAAAAAAUGAGAAACAACAAUGGAUCGACAGCAGAAUUCAAAUUGGUUAUUUCAUACAUUACGUUGGACUAUUUUCCUUAUUAUUGGCAUUUGUUUCCUUUUUAAUUUCCUCGAUUUGCUGACCUAUUGCAAAAUGAUAAGCGAUUAUUGGUGGUGCAAGGAAUGCAUUUUUGUUACCUAUGAUUUUUGGGCAUUGGCAGCUACCCUAAUACUUCUGAUUAUGUCAAUAAUUGCCAUAUUCCUGGUUAUCCGGCAAUCGCCACAGGCUCUGCGCAUUUUUGUAGUACCUUUAUUUCUGGCCAGUUGGGUGCAAUUUAUGCUAAUUAUGCUUAUCGUUAUGCAAUUUCCCAUUGUCAAUGAAGUGUCCAAGUUGAGACGCAAUGCAGCCAGUUUAAAUCAUUAUGAAUCCAAGUAUUUGUGUUGUGGGGAAUUCGGACCCAAUGAUUAUAUUAAAAACUCUGGCAAAGUGCCAAGCAGCUGCUAUAAGAAUCAAACCAUGAGAAGCCGCGAUAUGCAUGUAGAUGGAUGUCUGACCAAGACAUAUGAAGCCUCUACACCUGUACGGAUUGAAAUGCUGACGCCAAUAUUUCAGUUUAUAUUGGUAAUUGCAUUGAUUUUAUAUCGAUGGCAUCUGAUAUAUAUAAACGCGCCCAUACGCUCCUUAAGAUCCUUGAGCAAUUUGCAUCUUCAUCCCUAAGCAGCAAAUUGCAUUUGCAUUUGCAGUUGCCCAGAUAAAUUGGAUGCCAGCAAGACUCAAAAAAAAAAAAGGACUCGACCGCUUACAUACAAA